AUCGUGUAAUCGCCAGACCACGCGGCAGUUGGAGUCGGCAAACACAAACAACAUGGCAGAUCAGAUGCUGCGGAAACGAGGCAAAUUGAACGUUUGUGUUCGACUCGGCGUGUUUGUGUUUGUUGAAGCCAAUGUUGAGUUCAGUAUGGAGGGCAUUAGGACCGAAAAUCACAUGCUGUCGUCUGGGUGCGAUGUCAACGAUCAGACGUGAACGCGCAUACCUUAAUGUCAUUGUUUGUGGACAGCUGUUGACAAGCUUUCAGUAUUAUCUUUUUUAAGUGUCCUUCGAAAGUUUAGGAUCCAUAUGGAAUGGCAGAGAUUCUGCAAACAGAUUCUGUUUGUCAAACACGGGUACAUCGGCAUUGUGCUUUUGCGUGGGUAGUUCGGGGUCGUAGAGUAGGUAGGGUGGGAUGUGAAAAGGACGAGAAGGAUUCCUCUGUUGAGAUGUAGAUUAAUGAUUAGUGUUACAGAUAUUAAAAAAUUUUGUUUGCUUUAUUAACUUUACAACUUUAAAGUUAAAAAUAGUCAUUAUUAAAAUAACAAGUUGCUAUGGAUUACUCUUGUUUAACCACUAGGCUUGGUCGAGUUGUCCGAUGAUCGAAUCUACCGAUACCCGUAUUCAAGCAAGGAGUUGAACGCAAAAAAAAAAAGAAACCAUCGAAUGUAGUUACACUUCAAAUACCAGUUUUUCGGGUUUUUUCAGACGCUCUGCUGUAGAGAAUGGGGAGAGGGGUCCUCCGUCCUGCGUGCGGCGCUGUCAUAGCAACCAGAGGUCGAUAGUAACGCGCAUUACCUGUAUAAAGCACUCACCUGGUGGCCAGAAGGUCACACGACACGGGCAGCUCCACUGGCUUCUGCGACAUGAAUCUUCUAAACAAAAGUAAACUUUGGCAGCAGCUGCUGCACGCAAUGUCGGCGCUCCUCAUGGUCUGUGAGGUCAGAGGUCACAGUUUUAAUGCAUCCAACACCUACGCCAAUACUUCUUGGGGAGAUAUCAACAUGGAUCCUCCGUCCGUGCAACCUACCUGCGGCUGGACGAUCUUGCUGAGCUCCAGCUACCCUCUCUUUAACAUGAUGGUGUAUAAUACAGUUGUCGACGUGCGAAAUGGCGGACUAGAUUUUUACAUCUCCAACAUCAGCUACAACGGCGCUACGCCCACCACCACCACCAGCUUCAAGUUGAGUGCAACAUUCCAGGGAACAUUUGGCAACACGGUUCCAACCUACCUAACCUUGUCCUGGUAUUGUAUUUGUGCCAAGACCACUACAACAGCCGCCACAACGACGACGCCAAGCUCAAGCGCCAUCUCCAGCAGCGCAUGCGUUGUGCCACCCAACACGACCACCACCUCGUCUACAGCUGCCACAGUGACAGGAGGACAGAAGGGAGAAGGCUUCUUGAGGCACGCCGGGAAAUGUUACUUGUCGUCACUAGAGCAGAGCGACUUAACCUACCGGAUGUUGUGCUUCUACGCAUGUCUCAUCAGCAACGUCUGCAAGGGAGUUAAUGUUGAGAUUGGUUCCCCUGACCGGUGUACAUUCGUCAACCCCAGUGUCAUCGACUCCUCGCAGCUGACCAGCAGUGACACUUGUGACUUUUGGGAGAAACUGUGACACACACAGCGGUGACACUGUGUGACGUAACAUGGCAAUGUAUGUGUCUUGUACCUUCUGUCGCCUUCAGAGAGAUAUGAAUAUACAAGGUGAACUGAAAGGAAAACAAACUGGAGCAGAGAGGUCAUAUUUUUUACUAAAACUUUCCAUUUUUUGUUUCCAAGCUGACUUGUCUCAGUAAUAAAGCAACUUGCGAUGCGUCACGACUUUGAGAGUUG